GGGGAAUCGGGCGCAUGAACGAGGUCAAAAGAUAGAAAGCUCUUCUUAGCCUCUGCCUCGUCCGAUGUUUAAUGAUUUCUGGUAUCGAGUCCUCAGCCAGAAAUCGCAGCAAACAAACCUCCUUUCCUGAUCUGAUUUUAUUCCAUCUAGAUUCAUUCAAUGUCGGGUCACAGGGACCCUGCAGCACUGUCAGACGCAAUGGCUACCGCCACCAGACAACAUGAUGUGGAUUCAGAAGAGAGUCGUGAUGCAGUCGCGACAACGGCACAAGACAGUACUCCCAUUCUUCAUGGGCACGAUACAGCGAAAGCGGUAGCAACGACAUCCCCUUCCUCUAUAGAAUUACGAGAGCAGAAUACAGGACAUAUCCACGGCGAAGCCGCCUCCGGCAGCCGCCCAGCUAUUUCGCCCCCAUGGGAGUCUCCAAGCGAUCUUCUGGUCGCUUACAGAGCGCUUCAGGAUGAGAAUAGGGAUCUGGAAGACAAAUAUCAAGAACUCGAAUCAACAUGGCGCGUCGGAAUCUACGGAAGGCAAUCUUUGUAUGACAGGUAUAAAGCACCAAAAGUCGCUAUUGAAAAUUUGGAAGAGGAUGAGAUUGCUCUGAUUCAAGAAAGAGCAACGCUUCGUAACGAACUGGACGCACUUCAUCGACACAACCUCGAUUCAGCAGAGCCGCUUGUGCAGCACUAUGCUAGGCCGCGCGAUGUUGAAACUCUGGCAGGAGAAAAAGGAAAGAGGCUGACACAUGCUCAAAGGUUCAGUGAUGAAGGCGACGAUUUGCCUGUGCCUGUUCGCGUCGGGAAAGGCCGGUCGAUGGUUCUGCCAGCCCUGCGCUCUCGAGACGAGCACUUGGACUCUGGCCAAAUGAGGAGCAUCACGGGAGGACAACUCGAAGCCGACGUCGACAGUGAACCGGAUUUGCCAGAUUGGGAGUGGGAAAGACAUUGGAAUUUGGGAGGCUCAUCCGACAGAAGCACGCUUGCUUCAGCACAGUUGACCGAUGGGCCGACACAAACUGGUGGUCAAAAGAGGUUUACAACAGGAUGUGCCAACUGCAUACAACGUCGAGUAAAAUGCGAUGGAAUGCGGCCGGAAUGCUCCCAGUGCAGACAGUCUGGGAAGACGUGCGUCAAAAGUGAUGGGCAACAACAAAUGUCAUUGCCAUAUGCCGAAGUUCUGGAUUUGUUUCGAUCGAACAGGCAAUCCAACGAACUACCCCCUCCAAAGGUCGAGCAACCAACGAGGGUUCAAUCCAAAGGAAUCCGAUGGGAAGAGCCUCCCCUUAUACCCAGUUUUGUCUCGAGAGCAAGUUAUUGGAAGACAAUGGCAGAAAGGUACAACUUCGAUGUCGACUUGGACAUCGUCGACCCCGAAUGUCAUGAAGUUCUUCAUGAGAUAUUGCGAUACCACAUCCUUCAGAACUCCGAGCUUCAAUUUGGCAUGAAGAGCAAUCAGCGGCUCGGCUCCGACUCUGGAGAAAAUAACCUCCAAGUCCGGCAAGGCUUUCGAGCACCAAUUUGAUUUGCAUCCGGAGUGGCCUUUUCACAUCAGAACCAUGGCGGACUGUCAAUGGCUCGUUAGGGUACUUGAGCUAGGUCUCAUAUCCUAUUCUGGGUCGCAUACCAGUCGUUUUGAUGAAGAAUUGGUCGAACAGGGAGCGAAAAAUGCAACAAAGUCUCCGGGAAAGAUCAACAUACCUGCUUCAGACGGAUAUCCCAAUGUUGAGUUCUCACUGCGACGACUGGCCUGUCUGGAUGGGUUUCUGGAUAGUCAAGUAUAGGUUCUUAGCAGAUCAGCCGUGCCCGACACGAGCGACGUUACCGAGAGACUGUCAAUACUGACCACAAUGCCCUUGUUUGCCGACUUGUGGGGGCCAGUCGGUACGGUCAGACAUCCAGAUGACAACGGGAAGAUCCUCCAACACCAUACCCCCAAAGGUAUCAUCCGACGCCGCGAGGGCGACAAGUUGCCCGCUCGAAUACCCUGGCGCUCCCUGAACGACGGUGAAGCAGUUGUUUCUUGUCAUUGGGAGGCAACCCCGAAGCACUUUCUGAGCCGCUGUGCUGGUGGUGUUCUGAAGCUGUUGAAACCUCCCAAGUCCUUUCUCAGGGAUGGCGAUUUGCUGCUUAUUGGCGCUUCAGAACCGGCCCCGGAAGCUGAACCUGGAUUACAACACAACAAAGGAUGCCAAUACACCACAAACGCCUUCUUCGCGGAUUCCGCUGAUAUCCAAGGAGUGCCAGGGACAAGUCCGGACAAAUGGGUCAAAGAUGGGUUUGAGAUAACAGCUGCCAUUGCAGUGUCUGUGAUCAAUUUAUCCUUCACAGGCAAGACCAAAAAGAUACAGGGAACAACUCUAAAAAACGAAUUCUCUUCAAGUGGACCCAUAACCCGAUCUGUCCAAGUGUUCCGGUACUUAACCAGUUGCUAGGCGUAGAGGUCAGCCACUGCACAGGAAAUGCCAGGAGAAUUCCCCUCCGGAGCCUCUUGUUCAGAGACGAGCUGAAAGAAUACCUCAAUAUCCAGAUGCCAUCAUGGGCCAGCACUGAUUGGGGUACGGCGUUGCGCCAAGCGGCUCAAAGCAGUGAUGAUCAGGACCUCUACGAUUUUUGGUUAGCCCAUGAACAUUGUCACGGGAAGAUCAUACAGCUGGUUGGUACCAUACUAGAGCUUCUAGAUGAUACUGGCAAUUAUGGGAAGUCAUUCCGGGCCGUCUUUGUACACCAGAACAUGGAGCAUUUGGUCAAAUUCCCACUUGACAAGAACAGCUGGACUAGUAUCCUGGGGGAUUCACAUGUUUCGGCCACAUAUGCUCUCGUGGCGCGGAGUUGCCUAUCUCGGAAUCAUGACGUUGGUGGGCAAAACAAAUAUACAAAAUGCAGCCAGGACGACAACUCUUCUGGCAAGACGUAUACUUGCCUGCAAACAAGACUUAAGCUGCCACAAGGAGUCAACAGACGCAUUCAGAUCCAAGGGGACCGGGGUAAACAUGUAUACGACUUGCUAAAUGGUGUACUAGUUCAAGUACCUGUUUAUAACUUUUCCCCGGGAACUGGAAGCUGGAUGGGGAAGCUGACGGGGCUUUCGGUGUAUUCUGAGGGGAAAUACAGCAUGGAUUGCAACUCGGUGGACGUGACAUUGAUAUCGCGAGAAUAUAGCUAUGGCGGCAUGUCGAAGCCCAGAACCAAGAUGCCACCAUGUCAGCCAUUUGGGUUACCGGCCAUCAAAGCAACGUGCCAACUUGGAACGAGCGAGCGGCCAGCCAGCAAACUUCAGCCUACUUUGAGCGUCCCGGAGUCCGAUGGAACCAGCGGGAGUCCGCAACAGACCCAACCGUGGUCUGUUCAGCCGAUCGUCGACAAACCGUUCAUAGAUAAUCAGGAGACCCUGAUAUCACCGUCGCUUUCAGCUGCAAAAACCCUCUAGAAUUCCACCAAAAUUGAGGGCACCAGAGUCGAUCCGAAGCCCUGGGUGCCGGCAAAAGAAGUGGUUGUGUUAUGGCCCGGGCCAGUUCGCAGCGGCAUCAAGCAGUGUGGUCAACGAGGGAGUGUUUGAAAGUCGAGACUCCAAAGUAGUGGGCGGCUCAGUUAUACCUUUUCUUUGGUAAAAAUGCCGCUGAUCAAGGGCCGGAGGAUGGAUAGAUGGCAGCUUAAUAGCCCUGCAAAACGGCUAGACUAGGAGGGUGUUCCGGGGUGACGGUGCUAGGAGGCAUUAACCAAAGAGUACGAGUAACUCGCUUCCGUAGAGUAUGGUGACGGUGCGAGGUUAAGUCGGAUCAGGUGUUUCUUAUGUGCAAAUUUCCGGGCUUGUCUUUUAAUUCAAAACAAAGUUAUCUUUUCAUUAACAGCAAAAGAUUGCGGGUUGCGGCUUCCGCAAAAAGCACAAAUCAAGGGUCCUGCGGUACCCCGCACGGGACCCACUGGGAAUGCCAUCGAUCGCAUUGGCAAAAAGGAAAGUCGAGGAGUCAUCACCAAACUCGAACUCAUUGAUCGUCAC